UUAACGAGCGCUUCUUCUUGGUACCAGAGUAGCGUGCAACGUUAGAGUGAUUGGAACAUGGAGGAGGAAGGUAAAUAAAGGCGCUAACACACGACGGCUGAUUACUUUUGAUUAUUUUUUUUUCCCCCGUGGGAGAUGGCAGUCUGACAGCGUCAACGUUUCGAUUGUGAGAGCAGUACUGGAAGUGGACAGACCGUAGUGGAGGGACAACCAGCGGGAUUCUAUCAGCGAUAUUUCAGGUGGCCUCGUUGGGUUUGCUUCAUUCUUGUGUUGCCAUGGCGAUGCGAGAGUUGGUGGAGGCAGAAUGCGGUGGCGCCAAUCCCCUCAUGAAGUUGACCGGUCACAUGACCACGGAAGGCGGGGCAUGGCGACACCGCUCCACACCUACAAUUCCCCCAACUUCCAUUGAAAUUGCCACUGAGGAAGAGCUUGUCAAUGAGUUUCUCCAGGCUCCCCCACGCCACCCACAGACAUUCGACAUGGGUCAGCUGUUGGAGGAGAUGCAGCAGAUCGACCAACAAAGCUACAGACAAGCUCCACAGAGAGCUCCAGAUGUGGCAGCCCUGGCUCUCUCAGGUGCCUGGGCAGCAGAGUUCGUCUCAGGCUCAGAGUCGGCAUCAACCCCGGGCCUCAUCGCACUCGGCGACGCAGCGGAUGCCGACUGGACAAAAGAAUUCAUUGCUGAGGCUGCAGAUCCUGGACGGUGGGCUGAGGAAUAUUUGGAGAAGUCUGAGGAGAAGCUGUGGCUGGGAGACUUUGGAGACAAGGAGAAUGAGUGGACAAAGGAGUACCAGCCAGGAGAGGAGUUGAAACAGACAGCUAAUGAGCUUGUGGCAAAGGUCGACGAUCCAAAGUUACAAAACACAGAGUUCCUGCGGUUCAUUAGGCAAAUUGGCGAGGGCAGUGUGACAGUGGAGAACAGGACAGACAAACAGCUCACAGAUAAAGUUCAGGCCGAGGAGGCUAACCACUGGGCUUCCAACCUCAACCAGUUCCUGACGGAAACAAGGGGAGGGAGUCUUCCCUUGGAAUCCACAGAAAAGAAGGAGACCCUUGAGAAAGCUAAAGCUAAGCAGGCACAGCAGUGGGCCAAGGUCGUCAGGCAGGUGUCGGAGGAGUCAGCCGAAGCCUGGGUGGACCAGUUCACCGCAUCGGGACCUGAUUUCCACCAAGCCAAAGCCGCAGUGGAGAGCGAUGUGGAUUUUUGGGAGAAGCUGCAGCAGGAGUGGGAGGAGAUGGCCAAGCGGGACGCAGAGAGUCAUCCCUGGCUCUCAGACUUCGAUCAGCUACUGAGCUCGUCUUACGACAAGGGCUACCAGUUUGAAGAGGACAACCCUUACUUGACUCACCAGGACCCUCUGACAGAGGGUGUGAAGAGGAUGGAGGCCGGAGACAUCCCUGGUGCCGUGCGCUUUUUUGAAAGCGCAGUGCAGAAAGAACCAGAAAACCAGCUGGCUUGGCAGUAUCUGGGUACUUGUCAAGCAGAAAACGAACAAGAAUUCGCCGCCAUCAGCGCCCUCCGCAGGUGUUUGGAGCUAAAGAAUGACAACCUGACUGCUCUGAUGGCGCUGGCUGUCAGCUUCACCAACGAGUCGCUGCACAGGCAAGCCUGUGAGACUCUUCGCGAUUGGCUAAAGCACAACACAAAAUACCGUGCCGUGUGGGAGCAACAUGAGCUGGAACGCCAGAGGGAAGCUUCAAGAGAAAGGGACAAGGUGCAAGAGCGGUUUGGCUCUCUGCUGCCUGAAUCUUUGUUUACAGACGUGCAGACUUUAUUCCUCCGUGCAGCUAACACAGACCCCGCUCAGGUGGACCCUCAGCUACAGUGUGGUCUGGGGGUCCUCUUCAACCUGAGUGGAGAGUACGACAAAGCAGUGGACUGUUUCAGUGCAGCUCUUUCUGCCACGCCACAGGACUACUUGCUGUGGAACAAGCUGGGCGCAACACUAGCUAACGGUAGCCGCUCAGAAGAAGCUGUGUCCGCCUACAGGAGAGCCUUGGAGUUGCAGCCAGGAUUUGUGCGCAGUCGCUAUAACUUGGGAAUCAGUUGUGUCAAUUUAGGAGCACACAGGGAGGCCGUGGAGCACUUCCUGGAAGCCCUAUCUCUCCAGCGCCAGGCUGACGGCGACGAAGCAAGAGCUGUGCGAGGCCCCGGAGGCGUCGCAGCCACCUUAAUGUCCGACAACAUCUGGUCCACCCUGCGUAUGGCUCUCAGCAUGAUGGGAGAGAGCUCGCUUUACUCGGCCGCCGACCGCCGGGACUUGGACACGUUGCUGGCUCAUUUCUGCCAGCGGGAGGUGGAAGGAAGCCAUGAAUGAAGGUCCAUCUGGGGAGGACUGAUUGAGUGUGAAUGUUCUUUGCAUGGAGGCAAAUGUCCGAAUGAAUGAAAGGGAUAACGACUGGGGGAAAACACUGUGAAUCAUCCUCCAGCCGGUGCACAUCUGGGACAAAUGCAGUAUUAGUUUGUGAAAUAGCAGCUGACUUUAUUUUUGCUUUAAUGACGAGUCCUUGUUUUCUCUUACAAUGUAAGUCUUGUAGGUCUCUUAACUUCCAUCAUGUACAAUAGAUUUAUGGUACAAUUUUACUUUCUAUAAUAAGUACUUGCUCAUGGUUUGAUUGUCAAUGUAAUCAUAAGUCCUAGUUUGCUUUUUUUAUAUCAAUAUUUAAUUUUGUAGUAAUCAAGCCGGACAAUGAACUGACAACCAGUGCGACUGUUACUCAUAAUGUUUGUGUGCACCAGGAUAAGCAAGGACGUUGAAUGAUAACAUCAUAAAAGUGUCAUGAUUGGUUUCUCUGGGCUCCUCCCUCACUUUCAAAUCUCUUGUAAAAAAAAAAAAACCACACUUUUCCCUCAUUGUAAUUUAACCAUUAUAUGUAUUGUAAUUGUUGCACUAUAAUUGUUGUCUGGCAGGGUUUUGGCCUGACUGCAAUGUUUAAUAUAAUAAUCAGCAAUAAAGCUUUGAUUCCAUAGUU